CCGUAACUAUUAUUCUGUUACUAUUUUCGUGGACUCUAUUCUCUUCACCAUCCCUCUUUUAUUUAUUCAUUUCAUUCCAUCGUUCUUCUUUCUAAACCAAACCAAACCUUCUCGAUUUCCAACCAACAACGCUCUCAAUGGAAGAAGUUAACGUGGUAGAAACUAAGGAUGGAACCGUUUCAGUAGCUACUGCAUUUGCUGGUCAUCAGGAAGCUGUGCAAGAUAGAGACCACAAAUUUUUAAGAAGAGCAGUCGAAGAAGCAUACAAAGGAGUAGAUUGUGGAGAUGGAGGCCCUUUUGGUGCUGUUAUUGUUCACAAUGAUGAAGUAGUUGCUAGCUGUCACAACAUGGUUCUGAAUUUUACUGAUCCAACUGCUCAUGCAGAGGUCACGGCAAUAAGAGAGGCUUGUAAGAAGCUUAAGCAGAUAGAACUUUCAGAUUGUGAAAUAUAUGCUUCUUGUGAACCUUGCCCCAUGUGCUUUGGUGCAAUCCACCUUUCCCGAAUUAAGAGAUUGGUUUAUGGGGCGAAGGCAGAAGCAGCAAUUGCUAUUGGGUUUGAUGAUUUUAUUGCAGAUGCAUUGCGAGGUACUGGAUUCUAUCAGAAAGCAACAUUGGAAAUUAAAAGAGCUGAUGGUAAUGAGGCCGUCAUUGCAGAAGAGGUUUUCGAGAAAACAAAGGCGAAAUUCCAAAUGUAUUAGAUUUCAUUUUUUUUCUUUCAUACAUGAUGACAAUUAGCCAUAAAGCGUUGGCUUCAUUUGAAUUACUGUAAUUGUUGAUAUCGGAUUGAUCUCAUUUAAGUAUCACAAGGUACACGCUACAAUUUGGAUUGCAUCAGAUAAUCACUAUCUGAUUGUCAACCCGUUCUAAUUCACAUUUUCACAUGGGAAGAUAUCAAAUGCAUUCCCUUCUUUAUCAUGUCAUUCCCACUGAUGUUAAAUGAAACCUUCUAUUUUUUCCUGAA